AUGGUUACGUUGGGUGUCUCAAAACCAGAAGAAGCAUUUGACUUUCUGCUUGCGGAAAUAGCUUUCUAUACAGUUUUGAAUUCUUUGCUAAAGAAUUACCAGAAUAUCUUGGCUUUGGAAUUUGCUAUAGAAGAGAUCAACAAGAAUCCCUACAUUAUACCAAAUGCUACUUUGGGCUCCCAUGUCCUCAGUGGUUACUACCUUACAAAGAUGACGUAUAAGGCUACCCUCAAUCUGCUUUCUACACAGCAUAGGUUUAUACCCAACUUCAAAUGUGAUACAAAGAAAAAUCUUAUAGCUAUAAUUGGAGGGAUUGACCCAGAAACCUCUGCCGAUAUAUCCAUCCUUUUGACUAUUUACAAGAUUCCACAGAUGUCUCCAGGCGUAGCCUAUGAGUACAGGGGAAUUAUAAAGCUACUUCACUAUUUCAGAUGGACAUGGAUUGGUCUCAUUGCUGUAAAUGAUGAGAAUGGGGACAAGUUUCUGCAGAUGGUGGUUCCCAUGCUUUCCCAAAAUAGCAUCUGUUCUGCCUUCACUCUAAGAACCCCAAAACGGGCUUAUGUCGAUAAUUUCAUAGAUUUACUUUUGACUCUGCUGGAAAAAAGUCCAAUUCUUGUGAGUAGCAGAGCCAAUGUGUAUUUUCUGUAUGCAGAACCCUCAUCAAUGCAGGCUUUGAGAUUUUUGAUGAACUUUGUGGAACCAUCUGCCUUGCUACUUCUGGGUAAAGUUUGGAUUUCUACAUCCCAAUGGGAUUUUUCUUCCCUGUCUAUUGAAAAAUUUUGGAAUACUCAAAUCUUCCAUGGUGCUUUAUCCUUCAUAGUUCACUACAACCAGCCUCCGGGAUUCCCAGACUUCCUUCGGACUAUAAAACCAUCUUGGAGAAAAGGAGAUGGUUUUAUCCAGGAAUUCUGGGAGCAGGCAUUUGGCUGUUCAUUGAAAAUAUCUAGUAAGGAUGUGGAGCACAAGAAAACCUGCACUGGGGAAGAGAAGCUGGAAAGUCUCCCUCUGAUUUUGUUUGAAAUGCGCAUGACUGACCACAGCUACAGUGUUUAUAAUACUGUCUAUGCGGUGGCACAUGCUUUGAACACAAUAUGUGAGCCAGGGUUGAAACACAGAAGACUGGAGUUUCAACAUAUACAGCCAUGGCAGGUCCUGCCUCUUUCUGUAUGCAAUGACAAUUGUAAUCCUGGUUACCACAGGAUAAAAAAGGAGGUAACCUUUUGCUGCUAUGACUGUGUUCCAUGUCCAGAAGGGAUGAUCUCUGAGCAGAAAGAUAUGGAUGCCUGUGUCAAUUGUAAAGAAGAUCACUAUUCCAAGAAGGGCCAAAAUAAUUGCAUUUCAAAGGUUAUAACCUACCUUUCUUAUAAAGAACCAUUAGGGAUUGCUUUAGCUUUUCUUGGGAUUUCUUUAGCUCUGACAACAGCUUUGGUGUUUGGAACAUUUCUGAAGCAUCAGAAAACUCCCUUAGUCAAAGCCAACAACCGGAGCCUCACCUACGUUCUUCUCACCUCUCUCUUUCUUUGUUUCCUUUCCUCCUUACUAUUCAUUGGGCAGCCUGACAAAGUGACCUGCCUCCUGCGACAAACUACUUUUGGCAUUGUCUUCUCCGUGGCUCUCUCCAGUGUGUUGGCCAAAACCGCCACUGUGGUAUUGGCAUUCAUGGCUACCAAACCAGGAUCCAAGAUAAGAAAAUGGAUAGGGAAAAGAACAGCCAAUUCUAUUGUCCUUUCCUUUUCCUUUAUUCAAAUAGGCAUAUGUACCCUUUGGCUAACAAUUUCUCCUCCUUCCCCAGACAUGGACAUGCAUUCAUUCCAUGAUCAAAUCAUACUGGAAUGCAAUGAGGGCUCAGUGACUCUUUUUUACUGUCUCUUGGGCUACAUGGGCUUCCUUGCAGUUAGUAGCUUCAUUGUGGCAUUCUUUGCCAGGAAGUUGCCAGAUAGUUUCAAUGAAGCCAUGUUUAUCACUUUCAGCAUGUUGGUCUUUUGCAGUGUUUGGCUAUCCUUUAUUCCAACCUACCUGAGCACCAAAGGGAAAUCCAUGGUUGCUGUGGAAAUCUUUUCUAUCUUAGCCUCUGGUGCUGGCUUACUGGGUUGUAUUUUUUUCCCCAAGUGCUACAUCAUUGUGCUGCGGCCUGAGCUGAACAACAAAAUACAGUUAAUAAAGAAAAAAUAA